AUGUGGAACGGUCAGCAAGUUAAACAACAUAUUCUCAACGAUUAUUUAGCUGGCAAAACUUACUCUGUAUAUAGCGGAAAAGGUAUGACAACCGAUUUACCAUCAUAUCGAGGGAAAAUUAACUGUGUACCAUGUUCGCAGACAUGUUCGUUUUCAAAAGAUGGAACACAUCAUUUAUAUUUCUGCAAGAAAGGAUCCUGCUGUCAAGUUACAGGAAAUAUUUAUUGCGUUACCAGAUCUAAACACUGCUAUGAUAUGAUGUUAUUACAUGUUCCGCGGAAAGUACAGAAACCUACCGAUGCAUUCAGUGGAACUCGUAAUACCAGGACAUCUGUGUUGACGAACUUACAGAGUACCGCAAUACCAUUGAUAUCUACCUCUACUGAACCUCCUGUGUUGACAAACUUACAGAGUACCGCAAUACCAAUGAUAUCUACCUCUACUGAACCUCCUGUGUUGACGAACCUACAGAGUACCGCAAUACCAUUGAUAUCUACCUCUACUGAACCUCCUGUGUUGACGAACUUACAGAGUACCGCAAUACCAAUGAUAUCUACCUCUACUGAACCUCCUAGUACCGCAAUACCAUUGAUAUCUACCUCUACUGAACCUCCUGUGUUGACGAACUUACAGAGUACCGGAAUACCAUUGAUAUCUACCUCUACUGAACCUCCUGUGUUGACGAACUUACAGAGUACCGCAAUACCAUUGAUAUCUACCUCUGCUGAACCUCCUGUGUUGACGAACUUACAGAGUACCGGAAUACCAUUGAUAUCUACCUCUACUGAACCUCCUGUGUUGACGAACUUACAGAGUACCGCAAUACCAAUGAUAUCUACCUCUACUGAACCUCCUGUGUUGACGAACUUACAGAGUACCGGAAUACCAUUGAUAUCUACCUCUACUGAACCUCCUGUGUUGACGAACUUACAGAGUACCGCAAUACCAAUGAUAUCUACCUCUACUGAACCUCCUGUGUUGACGAACUUACAGAGUACCGGAAUACCAUUGAUAUCUACCUCUACUGAACCAACUAUAUUGGUUAAAAAUUACAGGAAAUCGAGUACAACCAUAACAUCAACACCACUAGUUCCGUUAUUUUCCACUGUUGAGAUAACAAAUUCUCUAAGUUUGGAUGUUAAUGGUAGCAAUGGUCUUCUGAAUUGGUAA